GGUAACAUAUUAACUAAAUUUCAGGGUAAUGGGCUAAUUUAACAAAAACACUGCUGCUGUAUCAGUGUUUAACAAAGCAUCCUAUGCUAGAGAAAAGACCCACAUCAUCCAAAGGUAACUGGUGAAUCAGUUGUAACUGAAGUAGUGUGAAGUGCUGGUGUCACCACAUUUCAGUCUAAUAAACAGCCAUGGAAGAAAUGAUUUACUUCUGUAUAUGUGAGGAAGACUCUAAAGCUCUCCUCACCUGUCAUAACCACAGCACUGCAAAGUAACACAUAUGCACCUAUGCUGGCCAUAUCCAAAAACAAUCACAUAUGUAUCACAUAUGUAUAGUUUGUUUCUGGUCAAAAUUCUGUGAUAUACAUAGACCAGCUGAGUAACUCCUGGCUACAGCUUUGCUUAUGUCUGUAGUGGAAACCAGGCUAUCAUCUGUCCAGCCUUACCCCUUCAGAACAGAUUAGUGUAAAUGAUCCUCAUUUCCAAUGGGAGGUAACACAACACAGAUUAUUAUUCUGUGCUACAGGGGUUUGUGUGGACUCUUCCUGUGGCAUGAAUCAUUAAACAGGUGACUGUAAUCCAUACAGACAGCUAGGUUCUCAGGGUGACAGCUAUCUGAUGCUGCUGCCUGGAGACCAAAUGGACUCCUCUGCUUUGAAGACAAAGCUCAGAUUGCUCCCUUUCUAACAAGACAUCUGAAGGUAAAUACCCUCUCUUAAAUAUAAACCUAAUUAAAAACAUGUUAUUUUAUACCAUGGGCAGUAAAAUCUAAUCAGUUUGUUACCGUGAGCUUCACCUUUGCAUUUCAAGAAGCGAAAGUUAUUGUGAAGGAACGUGGAGCAGAGCAGCAUCAAGUCCAUGGUGGUUAUGUAAACAAAUUCAAAGGCUCUACGGGGGUUACAGUCCCAAGGAUUUGUAACACAGAAAUCCAAUUAUUGUAUUUGCUCACUGCAUAUGUUUAUGGGAAAAAGCAGAGAGGGCCUAUUUGAAAUUGCAACGAGCUACUGACCAUAUUCAGAAAUUUAACAAGAAGAAAAGAAAAAUUACAAAGAGAAAAAUCUUAUUUGCACUGUGGUGACAUUUUGUGAUCCCACUAUAUUUACUUGAACAAAGUAAAAGCACCUGCUCACCAUUAAUUUGAAAAUCCCAGUGUUACAGUAACCUAUGGCAACUGCUUCUGUGUCAACAGAAAUCUUGGACAGGCCAGCUCCUGCAGCUCAGAACUGUGCAACACCAUUGGCUGGCUGAAUGAAUGACUUGCAAACUUGUCCAUCUAUUAUGCAUGUCAGUUUACCUUUAGUGUGUUCUUGAGCUCAUUUCCAGGUACACACAGCCGAGAGGUAGACGCUAUAUAGCAAAGGGAAAGCCCUGUUCAUCUCGUGACACUAAGGGGAGUCAAAAAUGGAGCUGAUUGGAUCCACCCUGACAGCCACAUAUGCUCGGCCAAAAACCAGCCACUUCCUCCCUGCCAUCUCCACCAUGGCAUCCAGCUAUCGCAACACUCAGCCUGCCUUGGCCAUGAAUCCCAGUGCCAACCUGUGGAGGACCAACAGUUAUUACAAGAGCAGCAGCGCGGUCCCAACCCCCUCCUCCAUACAGCGAGAGAAUUUCGAUCUGGUCCGAGCCAAGACCAUGUUCUACCCAUCCAACAGGACAGCACUGACCACCCGCUACACCCCGGACGACUGGUACAAGUCCAACCAAAGCAACUACAGGGAGUCCGAGUCGUCCCGGAAAAGCGCAGAGAGACUGAGAAGAGACACCAUGAGGCUGAUGCAGGAUAGAGAGCAGCUGACCAGGCGAACCCAGGAGAAUACCAGCAAGAACAUUGGCGAGCGACUCAAUGACAUUGUCUUCUGGAAGUCUGAGCUGAGCCAUGAGAUUGACAACAUGGUGACAGAGAUAGCAGCUCUCACUGAGGUUAAGAGGAGGCUGGAAAGAGCCUUGGCAGAGACUGAAGGGCCCCUUCAGGUGUCUCAAGAGUGUUUGUACCACAGAGAGAAGCGGAUGUCCAUCGAUCUGGUACAUGAUGAUGUAGAGAAAGACCUCAUAAAGGAAGUGGAAGUCAUCAAGUCAUGUCAAGAAAGGAUGCGGCGACAUCUGGACAGGGCCAUCGCUCAGCUGGCAUCAAACAGAGCAGCCCAGCAUGAAUUGGAGAGAGACAUGAGUGACAAAGUGACAGCUCAGAGGAUAGAUGACAGGUGUCACCAUCUGAGGAACACAUCAGACAGUAUCGGCUACUACAGAGGGAUUGAAAGACUAGACCCUUCACUCUCUCUGCCAGACUCGUGGUCCAAGUUCACAGACGACAACAUCCUACACUCCCAGAGCCAACGAGCAGCCUCCCACAAGCUCAGGGAUGAGAUAGAAAUCCUGCUGAACACCACGUCCAACGAAAUGUGGAACCAGUUCAACAAUGUCAACGUAGCCUUCACCAACCGCAUAUCAGAGACCGCUGAUGCCAAGAACAGUCUGCAGACACACCUGGCUAAGACUCUGCAGGAGAUCUUUCAGACUGAGAUGCUCAUUGAGUCUCUCAAGAGGGCCCUUAGAGACAAGGAGUGCCCACUGAAAGUGGCUCAGACCAGGCUGGAGGAGAGAACCCGCAGGCCAAACAUAGAGCUCUGCCGGGACAACCCACACCACAGACUUGUGAGUGAGGUGAGGGAGAUAGAGGACACCAUUCAUAAACUUCAGGAGAGGCUGAUGGAGGCUGAGAACACUUUGCAGACUCUGGUUAAGACCAAAGUGGCCCUGGAGCAUGACCUGUCCAUCAAGGCCAACUCACUCUUCCUGGACCAGGAGAAGUGCAUGAGUAUACGCAAGAGUUUUCCCAGCAUGCCCCGUCUGGUGGGCUACACCUAAAUCUAAAGUCUUAAAGAAGGGAAACUUGGAAGGCCGAUUUAAUUAACAAUGACUGUUUGGAGUGAUUUAGAGGGUGGCGUGGGUGGAUUUGAAUGUAAACAAAAUGAUUUAACUUUACAGGCUCUGAUGUCAGAAUCUUAUUAUCAACAGUGGAUUGUCUUCAUUUUGAGUAUUUGUUCCUGUAAUAUAUUCACAAUAUAAAAAUGUCAUUGAAGAAUCAACUGCCAUGGUGAUUGACACAAUUGGCACAGCUCAAUGUCUCCUAAUGCUUUAAUUUACUCUCUAAUAACAAUCGACAUUUUACAUGGUACAUUUACAGCAUACUACUAACUGUUAUCCUUGAAAAAUGCUGCACACUUGUGUUUAUACUUGAAAAUUACAUAUUAAAAGCCUUGUUAAUCAUCAAAACUA